AUGGAGCCGCCCACUCAUCUUACCCUCAUCCUCGAUCUGCCGCCAACGCUAUGGGGCGCCCCUCCAAAUCAUGGUCCAAAUGAACCUCUUAUGCCUCUUAGUUCCUUCUUGUCCCAUGUUUUGGCGUUCGUGAACAGUCAUCUCGGUGCUCGGGAAGAAAAUGGAAUAACUGUCCUUGGAGCAUUCCCUUCGAAGAGUGCAUUGUUAUUUACGUCCAGUUCAAUAACCGAUGCUGCUCCGCAGGGGGCAAAUACGUAUCACACUUUCAAAAUUGUUGAUUCUGAAGUCAUUGCAAAAAUCCAACAUGGGCUAGCUUCUAUUCACGAGGAUCGAGAGGCCCCCAGUGGCCUUGUUGGUGCUCUGACGAAGGGAUUAUGCCAUAUCAACAGGAUGCUAUACGGUUCCACAGGGACGGCGACUGGGGAAUCAUCACGAAUGACCUUAGAUGCCACGAUUCUCAUCCUUUCCGUUUCCCCCGACAUCUCCACAUCCUAUAUCCCCAUCAUGAACUUCAUUUUCGCAGCUCAGAAGCUUAAAGUAAAAAUCGACGUUUGCAAAGUGUUCGGUGAAGACACAGUCUUUCUACAACAAGCGGCACAUCUGACAGGGGGGUCGUACGUUACACUUCGGAAGCAGGAUAGUCUCCUUCAAUACCUUAUGAUGUGCUUCUCAGCACCCUCCUCCGUUCGGGAAAUCAUUAACAUCCCAACUCAGGACCGCAUAGACCUUCGUGCUGCCUGCUUCUGCCAUAAGAACAUUGUGGAUAUUGGCUAUGUUUGCUCUGUAUGCCUCUCUAUAUUUUGCUCCCCUGUCCCUGUUUGUUCUACAUGCAGAUCCAAAUUCCCUAUGAAAACGCUGAGGCGAUUCGGGUUUGGGCUACCAAAGUCUGGUGUCAAUGCGGCGCACAUUGCUGCAAAGUCCUAG